CUCGCGGGAUUCACUGGCUCAGGGGGAUCCGGGUCCCCAGGUAUCUCCAGGAAGGGCUUCCGAACAGGAAGUAGCUUCGGACGUGGGCGGCCUUUCGUCUCUACCAGGGGCGUUUGGAGAGGUUCGGGUUCAGGUCUUGGGUCCCCAAGAACAAGAGAGAUCAAGAGAAGGAAUGAGGGAAGAAAGAGGAAAUUCUUGCACUUGGAUAUCAUUGCUUCUGGGGACAACUUCAAGCAGACACCAAGAUUUCUGACUCUAAAAACCUUGUCGUAGAUGCAGGAGACACAAAAGUCAUAGAACCCAUGUUACUGCUUCCUGAGCAUAGAAGAAAAUGAUCAAGGCCCAGGGAUCGCUGACACUAGAGGACGUGCACGUGGACUUCUCCCGGGAGGAGUGGCAGCUCCUGGCCCCCGCCCAGAAGGACCUGUACCGGGAUGUGAUGUUGGAGAACUACAGGAACCUGGUGUCAGUGGGGUGUCAAGCUACGAAACCAGAUGCAGUCUCCAAGUUGGAACACAGAGAUGAAGCAUGGAUGACAGAGGAUGAAAUCCAAGAUAGAACCCGUGCAGGAAUUGGGAAGGAUGACAGUCAUAUGCAAGAGCACUCUCAAAACCACAGAUUUCUGAAGAGCAUGCAACAGUACAGGGAAGAGAAUGCAUUUAGAAAUGCUGUUCACCUGAGCAAAAUACAUUUUGCCUUGACACAAAAUCAUGUGUUUGACUUAUGUAGAAAAGCUUUGAAAUCAAGUUUAGUUAACCAGAAGAAAAGAUAUGAAAUAAAGAAGGCCAUUGAGUUUAAUAGAGAUGAGAAAUCUUUUCUACAUGGUAAUCAUGAACGUUUGUAUGCUGGAAUUGAAUUCCCUGAAUGUGCGAAACAUAUCAGCACUAAAUUCCAAGUCUUUAAGCAUCAGAGGACUCCUAACAUAGAGAACUCCCAAGCAUGCAUCGAAGAUGAGAAAACCUGCAUCAGGAAGUCCCAGCUUCUUAAUCAUGAGGGUGGCCAUAGAGGAGAGAAGCCCCAUGGGUGUGAUCCGUGUGGGAAAUCCUUCUCCAGAAAUGUCAUGUUCACUAAACAUGAGAAAACUCCUGCACAAGGCAAAGUCUGUAUAAUGAAUGACUACAGGGCAGGCACUAGUGUGAAGAGCAGUCUCCCUGUGCCUCAGCAAACCCAUACAGCAGAGAAAUCUUACAUGUGCGGUGAGUGUGGAAAAGGUUUCACCAUGAAACGUUAUCUGAUUGCACAUCAGCGAACUCAUAGUGGAGAGAAACCUUAUGUCUGUGAUGAAUGCGGAAAAGGCUUCACCGUGAAGAGCAAUCUCAUUGUGCAUCAGCGAACUCACACUGGGGAGAAACCCUAUAUAUGCACUGAAUGUGGCAAAGGCUUCACCAUGAAGCGCUAUCUUGUUGUACAUCAGCGUACUCAUACCGGAGAGAAACCCUAUAUAUGCAGUGAAUGUGGGAAAGGCUUCACCGUGAAGAGUAAUCUCAUUGUGCAUCAGCGAUCUCAUACUGGGGAAAAAUCUUACAUGUGCACUGAAUGUGGAAAAGGCUUCACCACAAAGCGCACCCUUAUUAUCCAUCAGCGAACUCACACAGGAGAGAAAUCUUACUUAUGUAAUGAAUGUGGAAAAGGCUUCACCACAAAGCGCACCCUCAUUAUCCAUCAGCGAACUCAUACAGGUGAGAAACCCUAUGAAUGCAGGGAGUGUGGUAAAUCCUUCAGCCAGAAGAUCUGCCUCAUACAACAUGAGAGAUGUCAUACAGGAAAGACUCCCUUUGUGUGUACUGAGUGUGGCAAAUCCUAUUCUCACAAAUACGGUCUCAUUACCCAUCAGAGAAUUCACACGGGGGAGAAACCCUAUGAGUGCAGUGAAUGUGGGAAAGCCUUCACCACAAAGUCAGUACUCAAUGUCCAUCAAAGAACUCACACAGGAGAACGACCCUAUGCAUGCAGUGAUUGUGAGAAAGCCUUCUCCCACUUGUCAAAUCUUGUGAAACAUAAGAAAAUGCACACAAGGGAAUGGGUAGAUUCAGUCAAGUUGGAAAUUCCUUUAACACAGAGUCACAGCUCGUUAUUUACAAGUGAACUCCUGUAAAACAAAAGCCCUUUGAAUGGGAUUGUGGAAAUGCCUUCUGUGGCAACCAAGACUUCGUUAAACAUCAGUGUUUCCAGUAGAUUGGAAGGUAAUUGUGGUCCUGCCUGUUUUCAUGUGUGCCCUGGGGAGAUUAAAGAACUGGUCCAGGAGGUGGUAAACCUGGUGAAUACUGUGAAUGUGGUGCCUUCUGUGAUCCUUACCUCAUAUUUUCUGUCAAUGAAAACAUGCUGGAAAAACUCAUACAUUCAGUGUGGAGAUACCUUGAGCAAAACUUCCUACCAUUCCAGUAGCAGUGUAGGAGAGAUUCAGUUGCUCUCCAUCCUCACCAGAACUUGGAUCACGCCAACCGUGCCGUGUCCUAAUUUUAAUUUUCCCGUCUGCUCGUUGAAAGGGAUUUCCCGCGCACCGUUUUUGCCUGGCCCGCGCCUGCCAGCGGGCGCGGAAUCGGCCUCUCGGCGUCCCGUAGGGCCGGGAUCCAAGAUGGCUGCCCCCACGGGGCAGGGCCAGGGUGCCGCCAUGUUGCCGCAGCGGAAAAGCCGGGAUCCAGAGGUCUUUUCUCUAGAAAUGCCUCAGACCCUUGUUGGCCGCAGUCCGGCGGUGCUGAGGGACGCGGACGGAGUUCAGCGAAAGAACAGCGACCGGGUGCCGACGGCACAGGCGGGGGCCCUCUACUCGUUGGGGCUCAGAGAUUGCGCGCGGGAGUCAGGUGGCUGUCAGCUGCCGAGUGGAGCGGGUUUUGUUCGGGACUCAAAGAUGAGCUGUUCCGGGGUUCACGGGUCGGGGUCCGUGCGUGGAGCUGACGCGGGGGCCGCGGGGGCGCGGGUGGGAGCAUGGGGCUUGGCCGCGGCGUGCAGAGCUCGGGCCUCGGCUGCUGUCGCGGACGGCGGAUCCAGAAGAGCUAAAGACAGAGCAUCCCAGUUAGCAGCUAUUUCCCAAAAUCAGAAGAAGAUGAUCCAGGCCCAGGAAUCGCUGACACUGGAGGAUGUGGCCGUGGACUUCUCCCGGGAGGAGUGGCGGCUCCUGGCCCCCGCCCAGAAGGACCUGUACCGGGACGUGAUGCUGGAGAACUACAGGAACCUGGUGUCAGUGGGGUAUCACGCCAGCAAACCAGAUGCACUCUCCGGGUUGGAACGAGGAGAACUUUGGACGAUAGAAGAUGAAAUCAACAGUCGAAUCUGCCCAGAAAUCAGAAAAGUUGAUGGAUCCUUGCCGUGUCAGUUGCAAAAUCGAAGCAUUCAGAAGUGUGUGGAACAAUGUUGUGAACGUAAUACAUUUGCAAACAUUUUUAAUCAGAACGAAAGUGAUUUUCUGUUAAAGCAAAAUUAUGAUAUAUUUGAUUUACGUGAAAAAUCUUUAAAAUCAAAUACAAGUUUUGAAAGCCAGAGUAUAAGCUGUGAUUUGGAGAACUCUGCUGAGUUGAAUGAAGAUGGGAAAUCCCUUCUUCAUGGUGCCCAGGAACAAUUUUACAGUGUAAAUAAAUCUCCUGUGGGUGUAAAACCCAGCAACGAUAACUCCCGGGUCACUAAACAACAGAGGACUCCAAACAUGCAGAAAGCCCAUGUAUGCAGUGAAUGUGGGAAAGCCUUUGUCAAGGUGUCUCAGCUCACUGAUCAUCAGAGAGUUCAUACUAGAGAGAAACCUCAUGGGUGCAGUAUGUGUGGGAAAGCAUUCUCCAGAAAAUCCAGGCUAAUUGAACAUCAGAGAAUUCAUACAGGACUGAAACAUUAUGAAUGCACUGAAUGUGACAAAACGUUCCUUAAGAAAUCACAAUUCAACAUACACCAGAAAACUCAUAUGGGACAGAAGCCUUAUACAUGUAAUGAAUGUGGGAAGGCAUUCAUCAAGAAAUGUCGGCUCAUUUAUCAUCAGCGAACUCAUACAGGAGAGAAGCCCCAUGGAUGCAGUCUGUGCGAGAAAGCUUUCUCUACAAAGUUUAGUCUCACUACACAUCAGAAAACUCAUACAGGAGAGAAACCAUAUAUAUGCAGCGAAUGUGGAAAAGGCUUCAUUGAGAAGAGGCGUCUUGUUGCACAUCAUCGAACUCACACUGGUGAGAAACCUUUUAUAUGCGACGAAUGUGGGAAAGGUUUCACCUUGAAGAACAGUCUUAUCACACAUCAGCAAACUCAUACAGAAGAGAAAUUGUACAUAUGCAGUGAGUGUGGAAAAGGCUUUUCGAUGAAGCACUGUCUCAUCGUACAUCAGCGAACUCAUACAGGAGAGAAACCCUACACAUGCAAUGAGUGUGGAAAAGGCUUCACCUUGAAGAGUCCUCUCAUCAGACAUCAGCGGACACACACAGGAGAGAAACCCUAUGUAUGUAGUGUAUGUGGAAAAGGCUUCACCAUGAAGAGUGAUCUCAUUGUACAUCAGCGAACUCAUACUGCAGAGAAGCCAUAUAUAUGCAGUGAUUGUGGGAAAGGCUUCACCGUGAAGAGCCGCCUGAUUGUACAUCAGCGAACUCAUACAGGAGAGAAGCCUUAUAUAUGCAGUGAAUGUGGAAAAGGCUUUCCAGCAAAGAUACGGCUGAUUGGACAUCAACGAACUCAUACGGGAGAGAAGCCCUAUAUUUGCAGUGAAUGUGGAAAAGGCUUCACAGAGAAGAGUCAUCUGAAUGUACACAGGCGCACUCAUACAGGAGAGAAACCCUAUAUAUGCAACGAAUGUGGCAAAGGCUUAACUGGGAAAAGCAUGCUCAUUGCACAUUUGCGAACUCAUACUGGGGAAAAACCAUAUAUAUGCAAUGAAUGUGGAAAGGGCUUCACCAUGAAGAGUACUCUAGGUAUACAUCAGCAAACUCAUACUGGAGAGAAGCCAUACAAAUGCAACGAAUGUGAUAAAGCCUUCAGGAAGAAGACCUGCCUCAUACAACAUCAGAGAUUUCACGCCGGAAAAACCUCCUUUGCAUGUACCGAAUGUGGAAAAUUUUCUUUGCGCAAAAAUGAUCUCAUUACCCAUCAGAGAAUUCACACAGGAGAGAAACCAUAUGAAUGCAGUGAAUGUGGGAAAGCCUUCACGACCAAGUCAGGGCUCAACGUUCAUCAAAGAAAACAUACCGGAGAAAGGCCCUAUGGAUGCAGUGAUUGUGGGAAAACUUUUGCCCACUUGUCAAUCCUCGUUAAACAUAAGAGAAUUCACAGAUAGUCACUUUGGGAAAUCCUGUUGCCAGUAUGCUAGUUGUAGGCCCUCAAUAUAAUAUUUUGCAAUGAAGAAUGAAUGCAAAGAAUGGUAUUAUCUUUAGUGAUUGAUUAUGUUUCAUGUUGACAAAAAAUUUUACAAAACUAUUCACAUGCAGUCAGCCUUGAUGAAAAUAUUUUAGAACAAUAUACAUCUAAAAAGUGUUGACUAAGAUAGAGUCUAUGAGCGUGACUAGGAAAGUCUUCAGUUGGAACUAGACCUAUCAUGUGAUCAUCAUCACAGAUCAUGAAUGAAAAAGGAAAGGCUUUCCCCAGAAGUUAAAACCUCAGUAGGUAUCAGUUCACACUAGAGAAGUGCUCAUUUCUGCAGCACAUAUACUAAAGUUCACACUAGAGAAGUACUUUCCUAUGGCAAUAAAUAUAGCAGGUCUUGAAGCAAUAUUUGCCAGGAAAUUCCACACAGAAAUAACUUGGGAACACAUUCAAUGUGGUGGACGUUAGCAAAAUACCAGACAACUUAAGGAAAGAAGCCUUGGGGAAAUGGAUGAAUGAGAGCAUUCUGUCACAUGUCUAAACAGAUAAUACAUACCUCUCAAACUUUGAGAACAGGAUACCUUCAGCCAUAUUUCUAAUUGCCUUGUCAUUGAUUUUAUAAAUUUUAAAUAGUGGCAUUACUCUCAUCAUGUAUUAAAUUUCAAUAUGUACAACACAGGAGUGUCCUAUGAGUGUUC